AUGCAGACCCCUACGGAUAACAGGGACAAUGCGAUUGUCCAGGAAGGUAGCUUUGGUAGUACAGAAGAAGCCAAAGCAGAGCAGCCGCAAGUCACCUUCCCGGAAGGUGGACUUCGUGCAUGGAGUGUUGUUGCUGGAGCCUUCUGCAUCUCCUUUUGCACCUUUGGCUAUUUGAAUGCAUAUGGCGUCUACCAAAACUACUACUCAACGCAUCAACUCAUAAGCGAGUCUGCAUCCACAGUUGCAUGGAUAGGAUCUGUACAGACCUGCCUCUUGCUCGGCGGGGGAAUAGUGGGAGGUCCUUUGUUUGACAAAUAUGGCGCAAAGGUCAUAUGGCCCGCCGCGAUCGCGUUUAUAUUCUCCGUUAUGAUGACCUCCCUUGGCAAGGAAUAUUAUCAAUUCAUGCUGGCACAGGGUAUUCUUGGCGGACUAACUUGUGGUAUCAUGUUUUCGCCGGCAAUGGCCGCAGUCAGCCAUUAUUUCCAAGCGAAGAGAGGUGCUGCACUUGGAAUAACUGUCACUGGCUCUUCGCUGGGAGGAGUAAUCUUCCCGAUCGCAUUGAGCAAAAUGUUUGAGAACGAGUCCUUGGGCUUCGGUUGGACAGUGCGGAUCAUUGGAUUUAUCAUGUUAGCGAUGUUGUCCUUGUCGUUGGCUACAGUUCGACCACGUCUACCCCCACGAAAAGGCAAAAUCCUGAUGCCUUCUGCUUUCAAACAAGUCGCUUACUCCUUGUUUUUGGCCGGGAUGUUCCUAAUGAUCUGGGGCGUGUUCACACCGUUCUUCUAUCUGACGGAAUAUGCCAUCGCACAGGGAAUGAGCGCCAACUUGUCUUCCUACAUUCUUCCUAUUCUCAACGCCAGUUCGGUCUUCGGUCGACUCCUACCUGGUGUGCUGGCGGACAAAUUGGGGCGGUUCAACACAAUCUGCUUCUUUGGUUCAUCGACGGGAGUCCUCCUCCUUUGCUGGAUCGCUGUCAAAUCAAACGCAGCCAUUAUCGUCUUUGCUGCCCUUUACGGAUUCUUCUCGGGGGCGAUCGUCUCCCUGAUGUCCCCUUGCAUCGCGCAUCUUUCGCCCACACCCAGUUACAUCGGUACUUACCUCGGUAUGGGGAUGGCUGUCAUUUCAGUGGCUGGCCUAACGGGAACACCGAUUACAGGUGCGCUGAUCGAUCACUACAACAGUUAUACGCAGGCGGCCAUCUUCAGCGGAGUUUCGACUCUGGUUGGUGCGGCGUUGGCUUUUGUGACAAAGCUGACGAUGGAAAAAAAUCCAUUGGCCCGAAUUUGA